CUUUUCGCAUUCAUCAUCCCCAUCAUCAUCAUCAUCAUCAUCCUCCUCCCUCUUCUCAACCCUCUACUCAAGCACCGCCACCAAUAUCUCAUACAAUUUUAGGUACAGAACAAGGUAUCCCGCAAUGAGCGCCGCGCCAAGCAAAGUCGCGGACCGCCACCCGGCGAGCGAGUCGGAGGACUCGGACUCGCGGGACGAGGAGGAUUGGAGCGAUGCCGAGGAAGAAGAUGAUGAUGAGGAAGAGACCCUUGAAGUUAUCUCGCUGCUUGAUGACCGGGUAUUCCCUGAUGUCAUGUCUAUGCUUGCGCAUUGCAGGGAGAAGCACGGCUUUGAUUUCCUGGGCGUUCGACAGCGAUUGCAGCUUGAUUUCCACGGCUGCGUUAAGCUUGUUAAUUUCAUUCGCCAGCGGGUGCACGAGGGCUUGUCCGUAACGGAGGACAUCUCGUGGUCCGACAUUGACCAUGAGCAGUACCUAAAACCGGUGUUAGACGACGACGCCGUCAUCCUGGGGCUAUUCGACCUGCCGGAGCUCAAGCCAGCAGUGCAGAAUAGCAAUGGCGACAGCGGUGAAAACGCCGCAUUGGUUGACGGCCUCCUGAAGCGCAACAGUGAGCUCCAGGAGGAGCUAGCCCGCGUCAAGACCCAGUUCGACAGCUAUCGCGUCGCUGUGCAGCAGACGCUCGACGAGCGCUGGGGAGACGUCGAUCAGGCCGAGGCCGAAUCUGCUGCUGCUGUCAAGGCGGGUAAGGGAAAGGAGGCUGGUGAGAAGAAGGACGACUCUCAGUCCUACUGGGAAUCUUAUGCCGGAGCCGAUAUCCACGAGACAAUGCUCAAGGAUGCGGUACGCACCGACGCAUACCGGGACUUCAUCUACAACAACAAGCACCUCUUCGCAGGCAAAACUGUGCUGGACAUAGGGUGCGGCACCGGAAUCCUAAGCAUGUUCUGCGCCCGCGCCGGCGCGUCCAAAGUCAUCGCCGUCGACGCCAGCGCCAUCAUCACUAAAGCGCAAGAGAACAUCUUCCACAACAACCUAUCCUCAGUCAUAACCUGCGUGCACGGGCGCAUCGAGGAAGUCGCCCUGCCCGUCGACGAGGUCGACAUCAUCGUCAGCGAAUGGAUGGGGUACUGUCUGCUCUUCGAAGCUAUGCUGCCCUCCGUGCUCUUCGCCCGUGACAAGUACCUCAAACCAGAUGGUCUGCUGGUGCCCUCGCACGCGAACAUCUGGCUCGCGCCCGUCGCAGAUCCCCAGUAUAUCGCCGAUAACGUCAGCUUCUGGCGCGACGUCUACGGCUUCGACAUGCACGCCAUGCAAGCCGGCAUCUACGACGAAGCGCGCGUGCUCACCUGGCCCUCGUCGUCUCCCCCCUCCGACGCAGAUAGCACCAUCCCCGCGCCCCCAAGCGCAUUCAAGCUGCUGGACCUAUACCAAGUCCAGACCGCCGACCUCUCCUUCACAGCGCCCUUCGCAACCGCCUUAGCGCGCGACAUCGACGCGCUAGACGGGUAUCUAAUCUGGUUCGACAUGUUCUUCUCGCCCGUCCGGGACUCCGCGCUCAGCAGCGUAGACCUCAGCUCCACAGCUUCAGCCUGGGCCGCCGCCGACCCGCAGAACCGGGUGGCAUUUACGACGUCGCCGUACGGCCGCCAGACGCACUGGAGGCAGGGACUACUAAUAUGCAAGCCGCCGAAGUCGCAAUCGGAUGAGAAGAAGAAUGCAUUGGUCAUGAAGAACGGCGACGAGAUCAAGGGCGAGAUCACCUUCUCGAUCCCCGAGAAUCACGCGCGCGGCCUGGCUAUCAAGGUUACGUGGAACGGAAAUAAGGGACAGACCUGGUUUUUACAUUAAAGAGGUGUUCGAAUGAAAAGGAAAAGGGGCGAUAGGUCACGUAGCUAGGUAGCUACCUGCAAUAACCGUACUUAGCGGUGCGAUAUUCGGAAUGUGAAGUGGGUUUUAGACGCUCGGUAUUAUAGGAGCAUUGCUCUCUGCGCUGGUUAUUGUCUAGGUACUUUGCAGAUUCCGAAGUUUACAUGAUUCAUGUAGGAAUGUAGGAUGAUAGACCGAAUAACAAUAUUCCAACAUAAAA